AUGGACUCAACGAGUGACUUAUCCGACCCUACCCAAUGGCUGGAAACGCCGCUUUCUUUACUCGCGCCGCUCGAAUCCUCAUUGCGAUGUCAAGUUUGUAAAGAGUUCUUCGACAAUCCAGUCAUCACCUCUUGCUGCCAUACAUUCUGCUCAUUAUGCAUUCGCCGCUGCCUGAGUGCUGAGGGCAAAUGCCCAGCUUGUCGAUCCCCCGACCAAGAGCUCAAACUACGCCGCAACUGGGCCGUCCAAGAACUGGUCGACGCGUUUCAAAUAGCACGGCCGAGUGUUCUUGACUUGACCAAGAGGGAAGCCGCGCGACAAGCACAGGCAGAGGAGCAGAAACAACAACCGUUACAGAAGAAGCGAAAAGUCAGUCAGGUCGAAGAAGAGGCACACGUACAAGAGACCAGCUCGCAAGGACGGCGAACACGCUCCCAACGGGGCAAACCUGAAGUGGUAGACGACAGCACUACCUUGAGACCUGCCCCCGAAGUGAUUGAGGAUAGCCAGGAUGACGAAGAAUAUUUUCCCGAAGACGGUUUGGUUGCUUGCCCUAUAUGUAAUCGCAAGAUGAAGGAGGAGGCAGUUUUCCCUCACCUAAACGUACACCAACAAGAAGAGGAACUGCCAGCAAAAACCCCUAUAAAACCUGCGACUUUCGGCUUCGAUAAACAACCCGAGCGACUCCCCGCAAUAAACUACUCCAUAUUGAAGGAAAAUGCAUUACGAAAAAAGCUCGGAGAACUCGGGAUCCCAGCCUGGGGCCCGAAACAGCUCUUGCACAAACGCCACACAGAAUGGAUGAACCUGUGGAAUGCAAAUUGUGACUCCAAAAUCCCCAAGUCUAAGCGCGAUCUGCUUCAAGAGUUGGAUAUCUGGGAAAAGACCCAAGGAGGACUUGCGACUGGGCCUUCGCCUUUUGUGUCAUCUAGUAAUGUGAUGCGUAAGGACUUUGAUGCGAAAGGGUGGUCUUCGAGCCAUGAUGAUGAUUUCAAGCGUUUGAUUGCGAAUGCACGCAGAAAAGUUGGGGCUAAGCCCAAAUCAGCCAGCCCUGAGACAGCUGCGCUCGCACCGCAAGUGAAUGGUAGCCUCGUCGAACCCGUUCUCGAUAUCGAUGCUGAUCAUGUAGUCGACCUGUCUGGGUGA